AUGGCUUCGGAGAACGUUUACGUGAUUAUAUACCCAAACGGUGAAAUCUCUCAUACAGCAGAAGGUAUUACAUUCGUUUGCGAUGAUCCACUGUGGAUAAUGAUUCCACCACAGACAUCGUUGCAAGAGUUGAAAAAUCUGAUUCUGAUGCAUACCGGAAUGGUUGGAAAAAAAGAAAUCAGGAAGCUGACUUACAGGAUGCCUGUUGCAGUGGCCAACUCGUUUUCCUAUCAAAAAAUGCAAAUAAAAUCCGAUCAGCAUGUGUCGAUGAUGUUCUCUUACCAUCGCAGCAUAGGAAGCAUCUAUUCGUUGGAGCUUUGUCUGAGUCUUCAAGAAAUUGGUGGAAGCUCAUCCAGUUCGAAUAAUGUGGAGGGUGUGAGAAAUGUUGGGGCGGCUGAUUUUGUUUCGGCUCGGGACACUAGUAGGGCCCCAAGUCCAAGUUUCAACGCGUUCGUCCCGCGGGAACAGAGUGCAGGUAUUCGUGGAGCACGCCCCGCCCCUUCUACACAUUUUGGGGUCGAUAUGGUUCUUGAUGAUGCUAUUGCAGAUUCGUCUGGCGAGGAUGACAUUGAAGAUUUCAGUGAUGGUGAGGCAGAAGCCGUUCCGGAGACACAGCCUCUGCAUGAAAAUGCUGUUCCGGCAACACGGGUCGAACCGAAAGGUGGUGCUGUAUCAUCAACCACUCCGGCACACUACCUGUCCCUAAAUCUUGGAGCAAUGCAUUCCAGUAACGCAGAGGACGGACCGAGCAGCUACCCUUUGUCAGGAGAGAUGGAGCUCGAGAUUGGGUUGAAAUUUCCUAAUCAGGAAACAGCGAUGCUAGCAGUCAAAAACUACAACAUCCACAGGAGUGCAGAAUAUAAGGUGGUAGAGUCAGACCAAACUAGGUAUGUAUGUCGAUGCAAGCAGUUCGGGGAUCUAUGUCGUUGGAUGGUACGGGUUGCGAAGACGAGGUCCUCUAGAUCUUGGGAAAUCCGUAAAUACGUAGGGCCUCACAGUUGCUUGGCAAGUUCAAUGUCUCAAGACCACGCUCAACUGGACAGCAAUGUCAUCUGUCAGCACAUAUUUCCCAUGGUGCAUGCUGAUGCGACAAUAUGUGUAAAGGUAUUGCAAGGAUCGGUAGAGUCAGCGUACGGUUACAAUGUGUCAUACAAGAAGGUUUGGCACGCGAAGCAAAAGGCAAUCGCAAGGAUCUAUGGUGAUUGGGAUGAGUCGUAUGACCAGCUGCGUAGAUACCUCACUGCUCUGCAAGCUUUCGUCCCAGGGACAAUUGUUGACCUCGAAACGCGACCGUAUUAUGUCGGAAACACACUCGACCGUGAGAGUGUCAUGUUUCACCAGGUCUUCUGGUCGUUCCCUUCAUGUGUUGAAGCUUUUAGGCAUUGUAAACCACUGGUGUCAGUGGACGGAACACACCUGUAUGGUAAGUACGUAGGCACCCUUCUCAUGGGCAUAGCACAGGACGGCAAUAACAACAUUCUACCAGUGGCUUUCGCACUAAUUGAGAGAGAAAACACAGAUUCAUGGUACUUCUUCCUCGCCAAUUUGAGGAGGCAUGUUGCAACUCGGCCAGGAGUUCUGCUUAUAUCCGACAGGCAUGCGGCAAUAAAAGCCGCAUUGGAGCAUGAGGGGUGUGGAUGGGAACACAAUGUGUAUUGUGUACGACAUAUUGCCUCCAACUUCACAACCAGUUUCAAGAGUAAGGAAGCCAAAAGACACCUUGUCAAUGCUGCAUAUUCGAAGACGCAAGAGCAGUCGCAGUACUACCUAGAGCUUAUUAGUAGCGAGGAUCCAGUUACAUCUCCACAGAUGAUGGAGUGGAUCCGAGUGUUAGAGCCACCUAAAUGGUUGCAGCACCUUGAUGAGGGCCGGCGAUAUGGUCACAUGACGACCAAUCUUUCUGAGUGUAUCAACUCCGUCCUGAAGGGCACUAGAAAUCUACCAGUCUGUGCAAUUGUCAAGUCUACUUACCAUCGCCUGAAUGAGUUGUUCGUCCUCAAGGGUCGGCAAGCACAAGCGCAGAUUGCAAGCGGUCAGGUGUUCUCACAGUUCUUGCAGAAAGCCAUACUAGCGAACCGUGAGGGGAUCCCGCAGAUGUUAGUGACAUCGUACGAUAGCAAUACUACUAUUUUCACGGUCGACGAGAUAGCUGCUGUAGGGGUGCAGUCACGGUUCCGGGUUAACCUUCAGUACCGCAGAUGUGACUGUGGUUUCUUCCAGGCGUUACACUAUCCCUAUGCACAUGCCUUGGCCGCCUGCGCAUAUGCGAGAUUGGACUGGCAACAGUACGUUGAUUUAGUCUACCGUGUUGAGAGCGUGUUUCGGGUAUACGAAAAGGAAUUCCAACCAAUGCCGGAUGAGGAGAUGUUGCCCCCUCGAGAAGGUCACCGUCUUCGUCCCAACCCCCUCUUACGACGUUCAAUGGAAGGACGUCCGGUGUCUACUAGGAUUCGGAAUGAAAUGGACGAGGUUGAGCUGGGACCAGAUACAAUCGUCCGUCAAACAGGGGAGUAG